AUGUUCACCACCGAUCCUACAAUCGCAUUCUUUGAAGAACCAUCGCAAGUAUUCGAGAAAGAAGGAACCGGAGAUGAACCAGAACUCGCUGGAGGGCUUGCCGAAGAAAGCUGGACUAUACUCGGUUGCGACUCUGGCAGAGGCUCGUCUCUGAAGACAACAUCGGAGAUCAGCGAUGAUAAGCUCGAACGCGACAGCCCCUCUGAGAGUCAGGACACCAGCAGCAUAAGUCCAAGUAUUCCGCCUUCUACCAUAUCGGAUGGAACGAUCGCUCGUACUAGUCUCAAACGGCGACGCUCUAGCUCCUCAGCAUCAAUCUCAAACGGUGCGCAACCUUACCCAGUGAUAUCAUAUGCCAGCGAUCUUCUUUCAUCAAGCAACAAUGCGUAUCUGACUGAAAGCCUGCUGAGGAUCUAUCAUGAUAGUUUCGAAAACGCACUUGCAUGCUGGGUCACAGAAAGAACCUGUCCCUACAGUGCAAAAUCGGAUAACCUGCUAGCCACAAACGCUAAGCCUGAUUGGAAUCGAAUCUAUCACAGAGUGGUGCGCCUCGAUAGGCUAGCUUCAGCCAUCAGAGGGCGCAAGCUUACUCAAACGGAAGACCGCGCAGCAUCUAGAGCUCUAGACUUGGCGGUCUUUUCCUUCGCUUCACAAUGGGCACAGUCCAGUCCCAGAAGCAGAACGAAGUACCCGUUCCACAGCACCUCGACCGAUGGUGGCAGUAGCGUUUUUGAUAGUAUCGAGGACGAAUGCGCACCGGCUGGCGUGAACUUUGAUCGUACCCUGCAGAUAUCAGCGUGGCAUGAGGCCCGCAAUGCACUGCAAAAAGCCGGUGAAGUGGAGUCCUUCCGGGUGGUACUUGCACAGAUCAUUUUCGCCCUGACACAACGGCCUGUGGAGGCAGACGGGGCUCAGGAUGAGCAGAACGCUCUUUCGAAGACCGAACUACUGGCGACCGACGCCUGCACGGAAGUCCCGAUGGAACAGACCCCUAUGCUUUCGACCGAUCAGGACGUCGAUGAGUGUGCAGAUCUGAUGUCGAAGUUGGAUCUCGCUAUUGAGUCCGACGGACCUCCUGUACAUCUUGAAUCAGGCCUUCGACUCAUUCACUCCUUGAGGUCGCGCAUGACCAUGUCGAGAGAAGCGCGAUACAGCAACCCCGGACCAGGGCGCUCUGCACGGCAACGACGCUCGCCCGUUGUGCGUCUUGAAGACGCCGAUCGUGCGACAGUGGACCUUCUGUUCUGGGUCGGUGUCAUGUUCGACACGCUAUCAGCAGCCAUGCACAAACGACCACUGGUGGUAUCGGAUGAAGAUAGCGAUGUAGUCAUGAGCGAAAGCAUGCAGAUUGAGCACUCGGCCCAACAAGCGGCAACACCUUCCUCAACAGACGAUGGACUGUGGGACGACUACUUGUUUUCUCGGCAACAGCAGAAUCCAGAACAUGCGCCCACAAGAUGGCCAUGCUCAUUCGAUGAAGCCGCAGCUGCGUUGUGUGACGCAGCCCCGGUCAAGGUGUUGCUGUUCAGAAGAGUCUGUCGGAUCCAGACGCUUCUCACAAGAAAUGCACGAGGCGCGAAGGUCGAAGAGGCUGUCAGUGCCGCAAUGGACGUGUGUAACCACUGGGAUGCGCUGUAUGCGCCCUUCGUCCGAGACUGCAUACAGAACCACGACCGCCUUCCACCGCGCGUCCAAUCAUGGUACGUAUGCGUCACCGGACACUGGCACCUUGCGACUCUCCUUCUUGCGGACUUGAUGGAAGUGGUAGACGAAUCAGAGCUUGGACUUGAGGAAGCGACACAUCAACGGAAUAUUAGUGCCUUCAUCGCGAAAUUUCGCGAGAACCAAUGCCGGGUCCUGUCAGACCUAGCGAGCUGUGCAUGCCCGCGAGAAGACGCAUCAUUCGCACAGUCCGAGUUCCAUUUCGCAGUCAACGAAGGCGCACUGCUGACGGAGCCAUGGACUGUAGUGUUGAUUCGCGCGUUCGCCAAGGCAGGCGUACUGUUGCUUGAGUCAGAUACUCUGCUGCCGUCAGACCUGGAUCGAGAGGAUGCUUUUCAGCGCGCUGAUGCUUGUAUUAAGGCGUUAUGGUUUUUGGGUAGAAAAUCGGAUAUGGCCCUUUCGGCGGCGAAUAUCUUGGGAGAGGCGUUGAAGCUGCGACGCAAAAGUGCGCAAGAUCGGGUUAGCGAUAUGAGCGUCUUUUUGGAGAGUGAGCUGUGGCAUGAUUUGGAAGGGGCGUUCGAGGUGGACUGUGAACUAUAA